UUUGUGUGCAGUAGUGGGUAGCUAACCCUUUUCAAAGAAAACUAGAAAGCAAAGCCAUGGCUUCUCCAGCUCCACCAAACCCAGUGCCAAUAGGAUACCAAGGAGGCUCAGCAGCAGUUCCCGUAUGGUUAAACAAAGGAGACAACUCAUGGCAAAUGAUAUCCGCCACUCUUGUUGGCCUACAAAGCGUACCAGGACUAGUCAUCCUCUAUGGCAGCAUAGUCAAGAAGAAAUGGGCAGUCAAUUCAGCUUUCAUGGCCUUAUAUGCCUUUGCAGCAGUAGUCAUCUGUUGGGUCACUUGGGCCUAUAAGAUGUCCUUUGGAGACAAGCUUUUACCCUUCUGGGGAAAAGCUGGACCUGCCUUAGGGCAGAAGUUUUUGAUAGAACAGGCUGCACUACCUGCAACUACACACUAUUACAACAAUGGAGAAGUGGAGACGGCUAUGGCUACCCCUUUCUAUCCAAUGGCUUCCAUGGUAUGGUUUCAAUGUGUUUUUGCUGCUAUUACACUGAUUUUGCUUGGGGGAUCGGUUCUUGGGAGGAUGAAUAUAAAGGCAUGGAUGGCUUUUGUGCCACUCUGGCUCACGUUUUCUUAUACUGUUGGAGCUUUUAGCUUGUGGGGUGGAGGGUUCUUGUUUCACUGGGGUGUUAUCGACUAUUCUGGUGGUUAUGUUAUUCAUCUUUCUUCUGGUAUUGCAGGCUUGACUACUGCUUUUUGGGUAGGUCCAAGAUCAACAAAGGACAGGGAGAGAUUUCCACCAAAUAAUGUAAUACUAAUGCUAGCAGGGGCAGGGUUGCUGUGGAUGGGAUGGGCAGGAUUCAAUGGUGGAGAUCCAUAUAGUGCUAAUGUUGACUCUUCAAUGGCCGUCCUUAACACUAACAUUUGUGCAGCUACAAGCCUUUUGGUUUGGACUUGGCUUGAUGUCAUUUUCUUUAACAAACCUUCUGUUAUUGGUGCUGUUCAAGGCAUGAUUACUGGCCUUGUUUGCAUCACUCCUGGUGCAGGUCUGGUUCAAGGAUGGGCAGCUAUAAUAAUGGGAAUCCUAUCUGGGAGUGUUCCAUGGUUCACCAUGAUGAUUGUGCACAAGAGAUGGACACUCCUUCAAAAGAUCGAUGACACUCUUGGAGUGUUCCACACCCAUGCGGUUGCGGGCCUUCUGGGGGGCGUCUUAACUGGCCUUUUUGCCGAACCUCAGCUAUGCCUUCUCUUUUUGCCCGUCACGAACUCUAGAGGGGGCGUCUACGGAGGGUCUGGAGGAGUUCAAAUCCUGAAACAAUUAGUUGGCGGCGCAUUCAUCAUCGGAUGGAACAUUACCAUUACCUCAGUCAUUUGUGUGGCGAUAAACUUGGUGAUCCCAUUGCGCAUGUCGGAGGAGCAGCUGCUGAUUGGGGAUGAUGCUGUACAUGGUGAAGAGGCGUAUGCAUUGUGGGGUGAUGGUGAAAAAUAUGACUCGACCAAGCAUGGAAUGUACUCAGAUGAUACCUUGCAUCACAAGACACCCACAGGUGCUACUCAAGUGGUCUAGUUAAAGAGCACAUUGUCUUGCUAAUUAUUUCUUAGCUUUUUAUGUUUCUGCAAGCGUUGUAUAUUGGCUGGAUGGUGAACCAACUUUUAUUUUAUUUUAUUUUCAUUAUUAAAUUAUCA